GCCGAGAUGCUGGAUGGGGUCAUGGCGGCGGCCGAUGGUGGCCCGCAGGAUGUGGCCAACCUUGAAUCAGCGGCAACGGCUGCAUUGGCAGCUAUCAGUAACAGUGCGACACCAGCCAGCCAUCGCAAGCGGCGCCCCCGAACGCGUAGGCGUCACCGCCAUGAAAUCCAGUCUCCUGCCCAACAACGCUACUCAAAAGCACCACAUAUCAUGACUCUCUUUGACAAGGACAUUAACCUGGCCGCCGUAUCUCCGACAACAGCCCUGUACAGUGCUGCACGAAGUUGGAUGUACAUGGACACCUCAGGAUAUUGGCUUCGCCGUCGUCGAGCCCCAGUAGCACAGGAUGCUACAGCGUUUGAUCUGCCCAGCCCAACAUUGCCACUCGAACCUGCUCCAGCAUUGGCUCUGGAGUUUUGGCCCAAUGCCUUUGACCAAGCUGCCAAUCGUCUGCCUGAGACUCGGUCCAACAUUGAUCAAGCCUUGGUCACACAGGAUGCACGGAUCGAGCCCCUCAAAACGAUUGGCUCAGCGCGCGUUGAUGGUCGCUAUCAGUUACGACAAAUGAAGGAACAUUGGGUCAAUCGGCAUCGAGCACGCUGUUUGGACUACAAUUGUCGGCGCAGCAGUAUCUAUGCCGCCAGUGUGCGCGUGAUUCAACAGGAUCUGCGUGGCCCUUCGGUGCCUGGAGCGCCUCGGGGGCUGC